CCCUUGUGCUCGCACACAGAUAUUAUAGGCCUGAAGAACGAAAGAUCAACUGGAGAAGGCUGUUUACACAGGGUUUAAAACUAACAUCUCAGAAGAACGUAAAACUAUAACAAAGCUUCAGUAAUGUUUGAGAUGCUUCAUUUUGAUUAGAGCAUACAUUUCUGGAAGACCUGGUGGAACUAUGUAGCAACCCAUCUCAUCCAGAGAAAAUGUCCAUAGAAACCUAACAGGAAGAUUUAACUAAUUGAGCGUUUGGAGUCUCGAUGACGUGAUCUCUUCAGCUUAUUAUCACAGGGCAGGGUGUGUUUCGUGCUGGAAAUGCCUCUGUAUUUGUUGGCUCCACUGACCCAGUGGGCUGGAGCAUUUGAACGACUGAGAACCAAAAAUCAGAUCUUGCAGACUUCUCAGGUGGAAGACUAGAUGAGGACAGCAGAAGUGGGAAAGUCCACAGACCUUGGGAGAGGCAGACUGUAAUGAGGCUGAAGAGUCUGUAGUUCUGGACCCAUUCCAUGUAUUUACCAGAGAAUUGUAGCAAGGCCUAAAGGUUUGCAAAGGAGGAAUGUUUGAUUUCAUUUUCCAAGUUUAAUUAUUUGGAGAACCACAGCUCACCAUUUUCUGCCAGUUGUGGGGGCAGUACUAUCACUUUCAUUGACAGUACAAGCAAGCAGCGCUCUCUUGACAUCUUCGCUGGUUGCCUAUUAUAAGUUCACGCACAGGGUUGCUAUACUGAACAGCUCCUGGGCUAUUGAAGAGUGGCGGCCAUGCCUAUGCGAAUAUGCAUAAUCCCACGAUUCCAGCCACCAGAAAAAGCAUGAGGAUACCACGCAAGCAUGGCCAUUACUGCAGUGUCACAGUGGUGGCCCUAACCCUGACAAAUAGCAAUAAAAGAUGGCAACGAUGAGGCAAAGGCAACAAACGAAGGAACCAGUUUCAGUAAUAACAAGCAUUUGAUUACAGGUAAAAGUAUCACAAUGAAGUGUAACUGUACAAACUGUAUGAAGAUACUGGCAGCCAUCUUAAGUCGUCUAUUAUACACUCUCCAUGGAGGAGUUAUGAUAUUGUUAACGGUUGUUAUCACACAGAAUUUCUUCUACUAUACUCUUUUCAUUGGAAUCGCUCUCUUGUUCAUUGAGAUGAUUGUAACACUGAAGAUGACAAAAUAUGGAGAAUGGAAAUGGUUUUCACCAAUGGUUUUUAUAUAUUUAUGUUCUGUUAUUCCUUGCAUAUUUGUCAUGGAACUCCAAAACCUAGAGGUUAGAAUGAACAUUACCAACGUGACACAUCCUGAAUGCACCGAAAAUGACUACACGGAAUACUCCAAAAUGGUGCAAGGUAUGGAAGAGAUGACAAUUUUGGCCCUGAUUCUAGGACGUUGGCUAAUGCCAAGAGGUAAAAUGAGCCGUGACCAGCUCGCUCAGCUACUUCUGAUAUACCUUGCUUUAGGUGCUGAUAUGCUGGAUAUUUUAGAACUAAUGAAGGAGCCAUCAGUAAAAACCAGCAAAGCUAUAACUGUGGUGGGACUGUGUCUAUUCACCUGGGCGGUUAUGCAAUUCACAUUAGUGCUCACUCAAACGUUUCCAGUUUCGUCUCCAGAUAAAGAAGACGAGGAGCGGUUUUAUUCGUCAUCUGAAAUAAAGAAUUGCAUGCGUUCUUUAUGUUGUACCAGUGAGGUUUGGAAUGUGAUUAUCAUGGUGGGGAUGCAAGAUGGACCAUUUCUGAUUUACCGGUUAUACUUGGUAACUAUGGAAGGAGUGUUUAAUGACUCCAUGACUUUCUUUAUAUGCAAGAACAUUUUGUCAGUUAUAAUACAAAUAUACAGGAUUAUUGUGUUUCUUUGCGAUGAAAAUCACAACAGGAAAAAAUUUAAACAAUCUCAUAUGAAUUUAGAAUAAGACUUCAUUCACAUCUGCAUUGUAGGUUUCAUUAGGGGUCGGUCGAGAAGUUCGUCAACAGUGCUGGACUAAAUAUCGCAUUGUGUCCAGUAAAAUGACAGACACCCUGAAGGAAACCCUAUUCAGAAACCCAUGUCUGUUAAUGAGGGAUCUGUUUUCGGGUAUGAUGAAACUGAAAAAUGGAAUGUCCAAAUGACAUGUGAACAAAGUCUAUUAUAUAGUAAACUCUAUAGCGAUAAUAAAAAUGUAUUUAUUAAUAUAGUAAAAAAUUUGUUUUUUAAAGUCUACCUGUAACCAUCUGUAAAGCUGAAAAAAUAUUCUUGUUGGUAACUAUUGUAAUAAAUAAUACUUUUUGUUCCCCCAAUUUGAAGGUGGGCUGGUAUAGAAAAUGGUUUGCAUAACCUGAUAAUGGAUUCAUGAUGUAUUUUUAGCCUCCAUUGCUGAUGGCAUUUACUGUAAAUCAUAUGAUCCCUUGAUGAAACUCGCUGGAUCCCACAACAACUGCUGUAUAGAUAGAAAGUUAGUUUCUCUAUUCACUCCUGUAAGACA